AUGCCCGUCAUCAAAGAAGUCGAAGCGCAGGAAGCAGUCUCCGUCUCACAUGCCGUAGGCUAUCAAGAAUACCUAGAAGCCCAGGAAAUCUCGGCCACUGACAAAGAGAUGACUCGGCUCCGCUGGAAAAUCGAUCUCAUCAUCCUUCCCAUGUUUCUCAUUACGCAAGCCCUCCAAUUCAUGGACAAGACCUCCCUCAACUACGCAAAUCUAUUCGGAUACCAAACAGCGCUCGGACUCAAAGGAACGCAAUUCAAUUAUCUCUCUGCGAUGGUGUACGCUGGGUACUUCUUCGGGCAGUACCCUUGCGGAUGGCUUAUUGGACGGUUCCCGGCACAGAAGGUGUUGGCUGUUAGUAUUCUGCUGUGGGGAGUUACGGUCCUUGUCAUGACUCAGGCAAGGACAUAUGGGAGUGCCUUAGCGGUCCGAUUCUUCAUGGGAAUAUUCGAAGCUGCUGUCACUCCGGGCCUGACCUUGAUGACUGGAUUCUGGUACACUAGACGAGAGAUCCCUCUCCGUCAAUGCAUAUGGUACUCCUCGCUUGGUUGGGGUGGCAUCAUUGGUUCCUACAUCUCCAUGGGCAUCUCCACGCUUCCAGCCGACUUCUCACCAGAGCGAUGGGAACUGAUUUUCUACAUUCUCGGCGGAGUAACAUGCGUGUGGGCCGCCAUCAUCUGGUUCUUCAUGGCGGACGCACCCUCUAACGCACGAUUCCUCAACCACCGCGAGCGCCUCCUGGCAGUCAAGCGAGUCGCAGGCAACCAGGUCGGCAUCAAGAACACGCACUUCGAUAGAAAACAGAUUAACGCCGCGUUCAUGGAUCCAAAGACAAUCCUACUGUUCAUCAGCGUGUUCGCUGCCGCCAUUCCGAACGGAGUGGUUAACUCCUUCUCAACAAUCAUCAUCCGCGACAUGGGUUUCAGCACGACAAGAACGACGGAGCUCAAGUCCGUAGGAGACGCUGUGCAGAUAGUCGCGCUGUUCAUUGGAGGCACCAUUAUCUUGAACGUGCCAAACUCCGCCAAUAUUCUCUGCACCGUCGCAGCAGCCUGUAUGGCCUAUCUCCCGCGCUCUAACACCUGGGGUCGUCUCGUAUCGUUCUGGCUCGUAAACUCUCAAUCCGUUGGCUUCACUGUCUCCUUGACCACGAUAUCCUCCAACAUGGCGGGCUACACGCACCGCUCGCUGGCAAGCGCGCUGGUGUUCACCGCAUACUGUUGGGGUAACUUUGCGGGGCCGUUUGUGGUAGAUCCGAAGCAGGCGCCGAGAUAUGAGGGUGCGACGAUUGGGUUGCUGGUGGGGUAUAGUAUCAAGCUUGGGUGUCAUCUCGGUCUACUGUUGUAUAUGUUCCUUGCGAACAAGCAGCGUGAUGGAAAGUAUGGGCCGCAGGACAAGGAGAAGAGUGAGGAAGAGGGGAUGCGCGACAGGACGGAGUUUGAAAAUAAGGAUUUUAGGUACGUUCUAUAA